CCUGUUAGCUGUCCAUAAACAGGUCAUUUGUAUUGUGGUCUGUUGGUGGACAACACAGCCCCUCUGAGCUUUCCUCGACUGUGGUCUGACCCUCUUUCACCAUGGCAACAUUUGAUGAUCUCCUUGUAGAAGCUGGAGGUUUUGGUCCAUAUCAGAGCAGAGUGUUCCUCCUGAUAUACCUGAGCUCAGCCGUGUUUUCCUGGCUAUAUGUUGGCUUUGUGUUCCUAGCCAUUACCCCUGACCACUGGUGUAGGAGUCCUGGGGUGGCAGAACUUAGGGAAAAGUGCAACUGGUCCCUGAACCAGGAAAGGAACUACACACUCCCUGCAGGACAUCCCGCCAUCUCCUCGUACAGUCAGUGCGAGAGGUUUGACCUGGAUUGGAAUUCCUCCUCGAUCAGCUGCGACAAUCCACUUCCCUUCUCCCGGAAUCACUCCCGAGAUCUCCCCGUUACGACGUGCCAGGACGGGUGGGAGUUUGAGAACGGCUCCAUCUCCAGCAUCGUGACUGAGUUUGAGCUGGUGUGUGCCGAUGCCUGGAAGGUGGGCCUCCCUCAGGCUUGUCUCAACCUGGGCUUCAUGUUUGGAACGAUAAUCAUGGGCUAUGCAGCAGACAUAUUCGGCCGCAAGUCCUGCUUCUUGUUUGCAACUUUUGUGACCGUGGCCUCGGGUCUCCCGCUGGCCUUUGUUCCAAGCUACCCCUGGUUUGUGAUUCUACGCACUCUACAGGGGGUCUUCAGUCGGGGAGGAUACCUGUCUGCCAACAUCUUAAUGACAGAACUGGUUGUGCCCAAACACAGGAAGCAGGCAGGGAUUGCGAACCAGAUGGCGUUCAGUAUCGGGAUCAUGGUCCUUCCGGCAGUGGCCUACUCAUUUCCGGCCUGGAGGAGCCUGCAGCUCAUCAUCACCAUCCCAAACAUCCUCUUCCUCACCUACUACUGGCUGAUCCCCGAGUCUCCCAGGUGGAUGUUGUCCCGGGGGAAGGAGGCGGAGGCGAUGAAGGUUCUCCAACAGGUGGCAGCGAGGAACGGGUCCUGCCUGACCCGGACGGCCCAGACCAUUACGGUGGAGGAGAGUGACGGACAGGUGACCCGACCGUCUGUACUGGACCUGUUCAGGACCCCGCGGAUAAGGAGACACACUCUCAUUUUGAUGAUGAACUGGUUUGCCUGUGCCUUGGUGUACCAGGGGCUGAUCAUGCAUUUGGGAACUCUGGGUGGAAAUAUCUACCUUGACUUCUUCAUCUCUGGAGCUGUGGAGAUCCCGGCCUCAAUCAUCGUCCUUCUCGUCAUUGAGCGGAUUGGCCGGCGCCUUCCCUUUGCGACUGGCGGCCUGUUGUCAGGGGCUUCCUGCCUGAUAGCGGCCUUCAUUCCUGACAAUGUCUUAUGGCUGAAAACUGUCGUUGCAUUCUUGGGGAGGCUGGGAAUAACUGUUACCAUGGAAAUGGUGUGCUUUGUAAACAUGGAGCUGUACCCAACAUACUUACGGAGCUUCGCUGUGUCGUUCUGUGCGUCGCUGUCUGACUUUGGCGGGGUACUCUCUCCCUUCGUCGUCUUCAGGCUGUCUGCUCUCUGGCGGAGAAUGCCCCUCGUGGUUUUCGGGGUAUUUGGUCUGGUUUCUGGAGGUCUGGUGCUUCUCCUGCCUGAGACAAAGGGAUUGAGUUUACCUGACACUAUUGAGAAGAUUGAAAACAUCAACUGGUGGAAGCAAAAUACUUCAGAAAGAACCUACCAGAAAGUUGUUCUUCGUUCAACAACACCAACACAUGGUGCCGACAGCAGUUCGUGAAUAGAUUAACUUCAAGCACUAAUGUCAGGUUCAUAUUUCUCUCUGUAUUGUGUCAUUAGGAUGGUGGAGUGGAGAUAUGUCUCUAACCGAAGGAGGUGUAAGGUGCUCCUUCCUUCCACUAGCCUGCAGACCACCCUUGGGAAAGGUGUAGCACCUGCUUAGCCCCCCAAUCAGGGUCAUGUGAAGCUAUGGGAGGAGGUGGUGGAUGGUCGUAUGAACAGCCAGUAUGGAUCACCAGGCCUGGUUAUGUGACCACUGAUGUGAGGCAGACAGUCUGUGAAGAGUAUUGAUAAUGGCUGGGGUCACCCAUCAGAAGAAGGCAAUGGCAAACCACUUCUGUAGAAAAAUUUGUUAAGACCAUGAUCAUCCAUGUCAAAUAACUCAUACAUGCUCAUAAAUAAUGAGCAACUGUGUCACAUUCCAAGUUAUAUGGGCUCUGAUAAAGUAGUUAGGAGCUAAUUUGCACUCGCUGGAGGUCUGGGGUGGUUAAACACAGGCUGACUUUAAUCUUUAGAAGAUCCAAAUAAGCAGGUUUGUUUAAGUGGUGAAUCAUUACUCCAAAUGAAGGCAAGAUGUGAGUAGGUUUAGUGAUAGAUUGAAAUUGUAUGGCCUAUGCACUUUCAAAAGGGAAUUGGACAAGGGUAAAAGUCACAGGGCUAUUGACACAGAGUGGAGCAAUGCAGUGAAUUGGAUUCAACAAGGGUAGGAAACACCAAACGAGAGCAAGUGGAGACCUCGGGCCUGUGUCAGGGAGGAUGAAUUGCCAGGGUACAGAGAAAUAGCCAUUGGUGGGGUUGCUCACCUAUAUCUGUAUGGGAUAAGAGAACAGCAUAUUGGUAAAACGGCCAUCAGAGACAUUGGUUCAAUCCUGAGCUCGGCUGCUAUCUGGAUUUCCUCCGGGUGCUCUGGGUUUCCUCUGACUACCCAGGGCUGAGGAUUCACGGGUGAGUUGGCUGCAGUAAAUUGUCUCUAGUCUGUGAGUGGAUGGAGGAAUCUGGGAGGAAUUUCUGUCAAUUGGGGGGAGAAUAAAGAGGGAUUGAUGUAAAUGCACUCCUCCAAAUAACCCAGCUCCUCUGCCCCGACAACUCUAAGACUCGGCUUCAGAAGGUGAUGAUAACUCAAUCAUCCAUAAGUCUAACCACUGAUCUUCAUACUUCAGGAGACUUUGCAAACGAGAAUAUACCUGUUAACUAGACAGAUGGAAUGAAUCAUAAUUUUAUGCAUCAGUUAAGUCAGAUGUAAUUAAAGUUUGCUGUAAAUGUAUCCAAGUGUUUACUGCUGUUUGCAGAAUAAUGGUAAAGAUGUUAGUUGUGAUGUUAAAGGGGACAGAGUGCUUGUGGGAUCCUCACAAACAAGAGGGGUAUAGUGUCCAAAACAUCAGACGGGAUGGUGUCUGUGUGUUAGGAUAUUCCCAGCAAACCCCUACAUCCAAAGAUCUGAAAGUAAUGUGAAAUUCAUUAGCCGUCCCAAACCAGUAUUGAUGCACUCCUCUCAUGUGACCCCAGUUUGAUUUGGGAGCAGUGGAUAUUACAGAAACAAAAUUCCUCGCAGCUCUGACCUCAGGAAGUGGCCCCAAAGUUACAACCCCCAGAUUUAGUUAGCUUUUAGUUUAUUUUAGGAAUGGUUUUGGGGUCAGAGAAGGGAGUUAGAAGUCAGGUCGGGGUUUAGGGGAAUUGGAGGAUGGGGCAGAGUCUAGGCCUGAGCUUCUGCUCUGUGUUUGAAGUCCAGUAGCUGACCAGAAUUCGUUGUGGCAGUCCUUCGAGGUUGAGGAUGAUGGUCUUUAUUCCGUUUCCACAGAGCCAAGACGCCUAUGUGUGUAUUUGUUUAACGUGUACUUCAUGUUGCACUCCAAGAAGCACACGAUACUUCACAAAUCAACCAAGUGAUUCCAAUGGCAUGGAAACCACGACGAUUGGAGCUGAUGGAUUUGUUGUGGCCUUCAUCCGCCUUCACAGCCGUUGAAUUCGUAGUAACUUCAUCCGCCUGUUCCUCCGUUGAGGUCUUGGUUGGAUUGUUCUUUGUCAGGUACCUCACCCUCAACCUUACCGCCAUGGGUGACCCUACCAGAAGCAUAGCUCCAGACGGCAUUGCUCUCGGGAUCUCAGGACCACACAAGCUUCUCCACCACGACAAGGUGACAAUCCAUGGAGAAGUGACCAGAGUUACAGGUCUGGCAUUCAGGGUCUCUUCAACAGGUCUGAUGAUUGAGGCCUGGAGUUCAGGCUAUCAUAUAUAUCUGAGAGUCCUGGGUCAAGACUGAAGAUUGAUGGCUAAAGGUCAAUUGGAGGACUGGAUCGAAGCCUGUAGGUCAGUUGGAAGUCCAGUAGUCAAGGCCUGAUGGCUGGAGCCUGGGCCUGGGAACCUCUGCCAGUCCACUGGGGAAUGUCCAAUGUCUGUGAGUGUACUGGUGCACUGAGCCUGGAGGCUGAAGACUGUGAUAGAUGGUCAUGUAUGUAUGUUGGUGGGAGGCAGGAGGAACGGGGCUUUGUCGCUUGUUGUGUUCUGUGUUGUUCUGUCAAGCAUUGUGGGCCUGUUACAUCACCAUAAUGUGCAAUGACACGUGCGGGGAGUGUUGGCUGUUCAUGCAGAUGAUGCAAUGUAGGUGUGAUAAAUAAAUCUGAAUCUGACUCUC